UCCGCAGCUGAGGUAACUGAAAGUAAAAUCGGCAAUUCUCUUACAGCUGGCCAGUUUUAACUUCGGUCUUGAAGAGAUCAAGUGAAACUGACCUAUCUAUCAGGAUGACCAACCUCACUGUCCUCACCCUCUUCGCGGCCAUCUCCUGCGCCUGGGCCUAUUCGGCCGGCGCUCCGGAAUCGACCUGCGACGACAUGACCCCCAAGCACCCCGUGGAGCCCAAGAAAUCUGAGUUGCCCUACAAGGUCACCGUUAACCAUGACGAAAUCAAGCCUGGCGAAGUAGUGGAGAUCACCAUUUCGGAGAAGAGCUUCAAGGGCUUCAUGCUGCAGGUCAGGAAGGGCGAGAAGGCGGUGGGACAGUUCCUCAUCCCGGACGACGACAAGUACUCCAAGGCCAUCAACUGCCACGGUUCCAAGGGGAGUGCUGCUACCCAUAAAAAUGCCACUGACAAGAAAGACUUCACGGUGAAAUGGAAGGCCCCAAGGAAACCUGGAAAAUAUACAGUAUAUGCCACUGUAGCUCAAAAUGGCGGUACCUUCUGGGUACAACAACCUACACAAGAAAUUACCGUGAAUUAAGUUUUAGGUUCUAAAUUUUUGUACAUUUUGUAAAUUUUUUAGCAAUAAAAUAUUUUUUACAGG